AUUUUGACAUGGCCUCCAAACAUGUCAAGUGACGAUAUUCAUGUUACAGUUUUAAUGUUUUGAUACCCUCUGGCGUUUAGAAUCGCGAGUACAGAACUUACGUGUGAACAGUUACAAUGCAAGCUGAAGACGCACGGUAUUUGAAAAGGAAGGUGAAAGGUGGCAGUAUCGAUGUCCACCCGACAGAGAAGGCGCUGGUGGUCAACUAUGAGCUGGAGGCCACAAUCCUGGGGGAGAUGGGAGACCCCAUGCUGGGCGAGAGGAAGGAGUGUCAGAAAAUUAUUCGUGUGAAGGGCCUCAACUCCAACAGUGACUUGACGACAUUGUCGAAGGAGAUCAUUGACAAGUGUAAGCUCAUCCACCCCAGUAAGCUGCCCGAGGUGGAGCAGCUCUUGUACUAUCUGCAGAACAGGAAGGAGUCAAGUCCCACAAAAGCAUCUGGGAAGACUAAACUAUCUGACAAACCAGAAGAACCCUCCUUGAAUGAUGGGUGUGAGAUUGACGAAGUUGCCAACAUCAACGAUGUAGAUGAGUAUCUAGAACUGCUGUAUGAAGACAUUCCAGACAAGGUGCGAGGGUCGGCACUCAUACUGCAGCUGUCACGCAACCCAGACAACUUGGAGGAACUUUUUCAAAAUGAGACUGUGAUCGGGGCUCUGGCGCGCGUCCUGCGAGAGGACUGGAAGAAGAGUACGGAGGUGGCCACCAACAUCAUCUACACCUACUUCUGCUUCUCCAGCUUCUCCCAGUUCCACGGCGUCAUCCUCCACUUUAAGAUUGGCGCCCUCUCCAUGGCCAUCGUAGAGCACGAGCUCAAGAAGUAUGGCAUCUGGACGGAGGAACUCCAGAAGAAGAGGACAGCUGCUGACCCCAAAUCCUACAAGCUGAAGGAAGACUAUGAGAAGAGUUUCCGCAAGUUUGAAAGUCUGGUUAAGAGACAAGAGCAGCUGCUGCGAGUUGCGUACUACCUGUUGCUGAACCUGGCGGAGGACUUGAAGGUGGAGAUGAAGAUGAAGAACAAGGGCGUGGUUCGCAUGCUGGUCAAGACGCUGGAGAGGUCCAACUUCGAACUCCUCAUUCUCGUCGUCUCUUUCCUCAAAAAGAUGAGCAUCUUCAUCGAGAACAAGAAGGAGAUGGCAGAGCAGAACAUUAUUGAGAAGCUGACGAAGCUAGUGCCAUGCGACCAUGAGGACCUGCUCAACAUCACCCUCCGCCUCCUCCUCAACCUCUCCUUCGACACCGACUGCCGCAGCAAGAUGAUCAAGUUUGGCCUGCUCCCCAAACUUGUGGGUCUGCUCAACAAUGAAAACCACAAAAUGAUCGUGCUCUGUAUCCUGUACCACAUCAGUAUGGAGGAGAAAGCCAAGUCUAUGUUCACCUACACGGACUGUAUUCCUAUGGUGAUGAAGCUGUUGUUGGAGAGCCCAGAGAACCCCGACCCGGAACUCGUUGCUCUGUGCGUGAACCUGGCCGCCAAUAAGAGGACAGCCGGACUCAUCUGUGAAGGAAACGGGCUGAGAAUGUUGAUGAAGCGAGCCUCCAAAUUCAAGGAUCCGCUUGUGAUGAAGAUGAUCCGAAAUAUAUCUCAGCAUGACGGAGCUACAAAAAACCUGUUUGUGGAGUACAUUGGGGACUUGUGUGAGGCGGUUCUAGCAGACGGUGGUGAUGACGACUAUCAGUUGGAAUGUUUGGGAAUUCUGGGUAAUCUGACGAUCAUCGACCUGGACUACGAGUUGAUACUGAAGGAAUACCAGCUGGUUCCCUGGAUCAAGUGUAAACUACAGCCAGGUGCUGCGGAAGAUGACGUGGUCCUGGAGGUGAUCAUCCUGGUGGGGACGGUGUGUCAGGACGACGCGUGCGCCCGGAUGCUGGCACAGGCCAACAUUAUACAGCUGCUGAUAGAACUGCUUAAUGCCAAGCAAGAAGAUGAUGAAGUGGUGUGUCAGAUUGUGUACGUCUUCUACCAGAUGAUCUUCCACGCAAUCACACGAGAGAUAAUCAUUCGAGACACACAAGCUCCUGCCUACCUGAUUGACCUGAUGCAUGACAAGAACUCGGAAAUCCGCAAAGUUUGUGAUAACACCCUUGACAUGAUCUCAGAGUAUGAUGAGGAAUGGGCCAAAAAGAUCCAGAUGGAGAAGUUCCGGUGGCACAACUCCCAAUGGCUGGAGAUGGUGGAGACUCGACAGCUGGAAGACUUCAAUGAGCAAUACUUGUACCAGGAGGAUGGCUACGACCCGUACAUACAGGACACCGACAUCCUUGACAGGCCAGAGCUGUUCUACGGUACUGGAGAUGGCUAUGAUCACGCAAUGAUGAUGGAAGGUCACCUGACGCCUGAAUACAUCGAUGAUGGCGGCAUGUACAACGGCAAAGUGGACUACUACAGGGGAUAUGGCGCUGAUGGAGAGUAUGAACCGUACGCAAGGCCGGAGUCAAACAUUGGCUUCGUGGACGAUGGUCAGACUGGGGAUGAGUAUGGCCGUGGCAUGGAGCCCUACGGGGGUGGCAUGGUGGACCAGUACGGCAACUACAUCAACGGUGACAUGGACCAGUACGGGUACACGAAUGGAAUGAGAUAACCACAUUGAAGCCUAAAUUGUAUACUGAUGUAAAUAGGAUAUUUGUGUUGUUGUUUUCUAUGAGGGAAGAGAAAUGAAGGUUAUGAAAAUGUCAAGACAGAUAUAUUUCCAACUUACAUGCUCUAGUUCGAAGACUUUUGAAGAAUCAGAGAGACUAUGUCUUUCUCAGCCAUCAUGAUAGGGCCAUGGCGUUCUGAAUAAUUAUAUGUACAUUGGUUUGGUGUUAAGAUAGGAGCGGUGGGGUAGCCUAGUGGUUAAGGUGUUUGCUUAUCACGCUGAAGACCUGGGUUCAAUUCCCCACAUAGGUCCAAUGUGUGAAGCCCAUUUCUGGUGUCCCCCACCGCGAUAUUGCUGGAAUAUUGCUUAACGCGGUGUAAAACCAUACUCACUCACUUGUGUUAAGAUAUAAAGCAAAUAGUUCACAAAUAGUGCCAGUUUGCAAUCUAAGCUACAUGCAUUCUGAAUAAUAUAAUCAUACUUCCUUGAUUAAACACAAGGUCUUGAAUAAACAGGGGGCUCGAUCAAACAUUGGGUAGUUUUUGUGCACAGAAUUCUCUCCAUUAUCUUUGCGAUUAAACGCUUGUUGCCAAGAGUGUCUGAAAGAAAUAUACACCCAGGCGUUUAUUUGAGGAAAUACAGUAUUUACAUUGGUAUAGCGUUACAGUAAAAGGCACAUAGCAUACUGGCCUUGUAAGAUUUACUUGUCAAUAUACUUCAGCUGUUAUCUACAAGUUUUCUGAUCUACAAGUUCUACUGAUCUACAAGUAUUGGCUAGAAGACUCAAUUGUUUUUGUACAGACUGUAGCGUGUACAAUAAUUAUUAUUAAUAUAACGAAUCCGUGAAAAGUCAUUUUUCAUUCUCAGCUCCCUGAGUAUGUAACUCAAGCUCUUCCUUCAUAGUUAUAUACUGUUAUCUUGUUUUUGUGGUGAAGAUUUCAGUCAGUAUGUACAGUAUGUAAAUACCCCAUGUGGGAGUGUACAUAGCGAGUGUGUACUGGGGUUGCUGCUUCUAGUAUAUCGCAUUCAAACUAUUAUGCCCCCCCCCCCCCCAGUUUCGGGGGACUUGGUCUGUCCAUGAUCUGUCAGCACUUUCUUCGUGGGUGGUUUCUCCAUGGUGGUAAACGUCUAAGACCUGCAUCACUUUGGGCUUUCCCCCAACAUUAAGACUUUUCAAAUCGGCAUCAACCCCAACUCACUCACUCACUCACACACUGACAGACCGACAUAGCUGUCCAACUGCUGACUGGAGAAACAAUCCACUCACUUGGGUGUGUGCUCAGUUGGGAAGGUACCCUUGUUCCUGAUUCUGGUGGAAUACGGUUUAUGUUUUCUAAAACUUGUCUGUAUGUCUCUGUCAGUUUGUGGUGGACAUCGAGGCAGGACGUUCACUGCUUUGUGUUAUUGAACCAACGCUAGACGAGUUUGUUACAAUAUCAUUCUACCACAAGAUUGGGUGUAUGUACUGUGAUAUCUCAUUGUCUCCUCUGUUACACUCACUGUCUACUAGGGUUGUCAUGGUUACAGUCUAAUGGCACUGUCUAUAAUGGUUGUUUUUAUUGUUUUAGUACAUCUGAGUACUGAAAGGUGGCUAGUUGAGAUCAAAAGUCUGUAACAAUUACUGCAUCUCAAUGUAAAAUGUCACUGUUUUUCUUGUUAAAAUUUCCUCUUAAAUGGGGAGAUAAAUUAUUGUGAAAGAGGUGAAAAAGAGGUAUCCUGACAUCCCUAGACACACAGUGGAGAAUUUUUCAACUGUGAAGAAUCUGUUUAUGGUCUUUGAUAUAUCCGUCCAUUUAUUUACAUGUAUUUAGUUUAUAUUUUUGGCUUCAGCAUUUUUUGCUGAUGCAGUUUAUUUAUUCUGUGUGUAUCGUGAUGCAUGAGGCUGUUCAUGUGGGACUUGGGACUGUUUGCUGGACUUCAAUGCAUGCUUGUUUCCAAAGUGCAGAUAAUGAUUUUUGGAAAAGGGGGAUAGGGGUGAACUGAAAAUAUAGAAAAUUAGUGGAAAUUGUUCAGCAGAAGAAAAAACGUUUGUAUCCCCCAAAAUUGUCAAUUAAUUGUCAUGUAUGUUGAAAACGUCACUGAAUGAUUUAGUAUUUUUUGUAUGUCAACCUUAUUGGUAAACUUCAUGACUAGGAUAAAGGGGUGUGUGCUCUGGAUCUGUGUGUUUUUCCAUGUGCUUUGAAGGAAAUGCUACGUAUGCAUGUACAAAUAUGUUGUAGACUGAUUGAUGGAGGCUUGUCCUAUGAGUGCCACUUGAAAUAAAAUGCAAUUGUUUACAAAUUGUAUGUUCACAUAAAUCUCUGUCACUGUAUAGUCUUAAUUAUGUCAAUCUAAUUGACAAUUUGUAAAUUCAUGUUUUAAUAUUAUGAAAUGGCUGGACAAUGUAAAACCAAGUUAUAAAGUGGAUGUUGAGAUCUGUGGCUCGGAGCGAGAUGUGUUUAAAUGUGACGUGUGUGUGUGUGUGUGUGUGUGUGUGUGUGUGUGUGUGUGUGUAUGCGUGAGUGUGCGACGUGUGUCUGUGUAUGCAUGAUGGGGCAGAUCUUUGCAAGCAUCAUUAUUGAUGUCACUCAUCCCAUUAUAAUAAAUUAUGUCAUAUUUC